AUGGGUAAAUGUCAUAAAAAGAAAUGCAUUGCACGUGGUCUAAAGAAUAUAAAUGACUGUAAAGACAAUUUUUGUUGUCAGCCCACAGCCACAAAGAAAAUUAAGAUUGACUGCGAACGAUAUUCCUUUGACAUGACGCGAGUAACAAAGUGUGGUUGUGGGAAAUGCCUCGACAGGCAAACAGUUGUCAAAGGAGUAGCCAGAGGAGGCCCAGAGAAUAUUCCUUUUAAAUAUGGAUAUAUAUACCACGGCGAUAAAUAUUUGACUCGCACUGGAAGAAAGGGUGAAUUUUCCUUUAAAGUUCCUGGGGAUUUAUCUCGCUUAGUUGUUACUUUUAAGGACAAACGUGGUUAUAACGAUUUCCAGGAAUUAACUAAAGUCAUUGCGCUAGUCCCAGGUCGUGAAACUUACGUAGAGGCACGCAUGAAGCUGCGGCCUGCGUCGAUUACAGUUAAUGCAAAUGAAGGCUUUGAAAUUCCUUUGGGAAAUUCGCGAUCAUUGGGAACACAAAAUUCUGGACAACCUGUAGGUAACGCUGAAAGCGACAAAGAAUCAGUUCCUGCCGUAGCAGUAUCUCUCCCUCCACAAAGCUUAAUAGCUGAGGACGGGACGGUUUAUAAUGGAGAAGCGAAAGCUGAAAUUAGUUUUGUUGAUCCAAGGAACGCAACGGAAGUCGAAGAAGCUGAUGGAGAUUUUAGCACUGUUAAUGAUGACGGAGAACAAGAAUUGCUGGAGACUUUUGGAGUAAUAAAGAUGGAUUUUCGGGAUCUGAAUGGGAACCGUUUGCAGCCUAACAGAGACAUUGAUGUGCUAUUUGAUCUAGAUGAGUACAACAUUACUGAAAAAGAGGCUGAAAAUAUAAAGCUUUGGUACAUGGACAAAAAAACAGGAAGAUGGCGUAUUAUGGACCAAGAAUUGAAACAACAUGAAACACGACGGUCAAGAAGGUCAGGAAGAAAGUUAUUCUUUGGAAAAUUUGAUGCCAGACGUUUUAAUUAUCUAGGUAAUCUAGAUUCCAAGGUAGAACAGAAAUGUUAUCUAAAAAUUCGAGUACCCGAUUCCGAGACGGAAGAGUUUCAAAGCACAAAGAUUACCUUGGCAACAAGGAAACAAUUAUUAAAUAGAUAUCAAGUGAAAUAUGUUCGGGACGGAGCAGCUUGUAUUGAAACGUAUUGCACAGAAUAUCUAGCGGUGAUACAAGCUACCAGAAAUGGAAAAUAUUUAAUCCCAAAGGAAACGGGCAUUGACGAGGAUGUAAAUAGUAGACACGUUAUAAAAUACUAUCGUUCUUCGGAUGUUUCGGAACAAUUUAGCAACAAAAUAACAAUGAAAAAGUUAACCUAUCCAUUGAGUGCCAAACCCUCACCAUUUUAUUACAACAGUUAUUCGUGCCGAAUUAGCCCGGAUGAGAAUAGCUUCUCUUUUGAGUUGCCAGUAAACAAAGAAAUAUCCAAGGAUUUAGUUGAAGUUUUCGGCCCAAACUGGUAUCCAAGUUCUCCACAAUCUAAAGCAUGCUUCGUGAAAAUUGCCGUGGAAAACAUUAAUAGCUGUCCUAAUAGAAAUGCAUCCUUUGCAGUUGAAAGUGUGCUAGGAGAUGCCCAAGAGCGCGCAGGAACUGUCAUUAUAACAUUGACAGAAAAUGCUGCGUGUGCCGAAUACAAAUGUCCUCAAAACCAGUACGAAAAAGUAAGGGUAAAUGUAAUACCCAUAACCACAGGGGAGUUUACAAAACACCACGAUGCAACAAAGAAUUUUAUAAGGAAGAUGAAGCCGGAUAUAUUUGAAAUUUUUUCCUUUAAACCAAGUUUUUAUCUCAGAGAUCCAACGAUUGGAAUAAAUCAAAGUGAAAAUGAACUGCUUAUUGAUGGAGAUGGAGAGGAGAAAAAUAUAUGGAAGAGAGAAAAUUGCAUGGGGGAUCAAAUAAAAGCCGGUAUAAGGUUCAAGUGUAAAGAUUCUCCAUUCUGA